AUGAAACAUACCCGCGAUUUCAAGAAAAAGGGUUUCAAAGGGAACUCCCGUGGCAGCCACAUUCAAGCCCCAUUCGCAACGUUGGAGGAAUUAUUCAAAAAGCUACCAAAGGACGUUGGAUUUAAUAUUGAAAUGAAGUACCCCAUGCUCCACGAAUCCGAAGAAGAAGAAAUGGACACCUAUGCCGUUGAGCUAAACUCUUUUGUCGACACUGUACUGACGAAGGUCUAUGACCUAGGGCAGGGCCGUAACAUGAUCUUCUCCUCCUUUAAUCCGGACAUCUGCCUCUUGCUCUCCUUCAAACAGCCCUCGAUCCCUGUUAUGUUUCUGACGGACUCUGGCAUCACCAGGGUGGGCGAUGUGCGCGCUAGUAGUCUGCAGGAAGCCAUCCGAUUUGCUUCUCGGUGGAAUUUACUAGGGGUUGUGACGGCGGCGGAGCCGUUGAUUAUUGCGCCGCGGCUUGUGAGGGUUGUGAAGGAGUCUGGUCUUGUUUGUGUUUCGUACGGGAUUGCAAAUAAUGAGCCGAAGAAUGUGAAGUUGCAAGUAAAAGAAGGCAUUGACGCCGUUAUUGUCGAUAGCGUGCUUGCGAUUCGGAAGGGACUUACGGAGGGGGAGAAGCAGGAGUCGAAUGGACACGGUGGCAGGAGUGGUGGUAACAGUAAUGUGACCGGAUCGGGAACUAAUGCUAAUGAUGCCGCCGAGUUGUAA